AUUCAAAGUGGAGAGCGCACAACAUUUCAAAUUUCCGAAAGCGAAAAAACACCCUCGCCACUCGAUAAUUCCCAAAACCCUUUCCCCACCUCCCCACUUUUUCCCUCCUUUCACUUGAGCUCUCAAAUUCGCCAACCUCCAAAAAUCUCCACUCUCUCAGCUAAAGGACAUGGAAAAGGAAAACGAAAUCGAAUCCAAUGCUUCAGCUGUUCAAGUAAAAGGCGUUCCAAUCCAUGGCGGAAGAUUCAUUCAGUACAACGUCCUCGGCAACCUCUUCGAGGUCCCCUCCAAAUACGCGCCGCCGAUCACUCCCGUCGGCCGCGGCGCUUACGGUCUCGUUUGCUCUGCUACCAAUGCCGAGACGAUGGAGGAGGUGGCGAUUAAGAGAAUCGCGAAUGCGUUCGAUAACAGGAUUGAUGCGAAGCGAACCUUGCGCGAGAUCAAGCUGCUUACGCACAUGGAUCAUGAGAAUGUUAUUAAAAUUAAGGAUAUUAUACGACCACCGGAUAAAGCGGAUUUUAAUGACGUCUACAUUGCUUAUGAGUUAAUGGAUACUGAUCUGCACCAGAUAAUAUGCUCGACACAGGAACUGACAGAGGAUCAUUGCCAAUAUUUCCUUUAUCAGUUAUUGCGGGGACUUAAAUAUGUACAUUCUGCUGGUGUUCUACACCGAGAUCUGAAGCCCAGCAAUUUACUCCUGAAUUCUAACUGUGAUCUCAAGAUUUGUGACUUCGGACUUGCAAGAACCAGCUCAGAGACAGAUUUUAUGACUGAGUAUGUUGUAACCCGAUGGUAUCGAGCUCCUGAAUUAUUACUCAACUGUUCCGAGUAUACUGCAGCAAUUGAUAUGUGGUCAGUUGGUUGCAUAUUGAUGGAGAUCAUUAAAAGAGAACCUCUUUUUCCGGGUAAAGACUACAUCCAGCAGCUGGGGCUGAUAACUGAGUUAUUGGGUUCCCCUGAAGAUUCUGAUCUUGGAUUUUUAAGGAGUGACAAUGCUCAAAGGUACAUCAAGCAGCUUCCUCAUGUUCCCAAGCAACCAUUUCCUCAGAAGUUCCGAGGUGUAUCCCCUGUGGCGAUAGAUCUUGCAGGGAGAAUGCUCGUAUUUGAUCCAGCUAAGCGUAUUACUGUUGAGGAGGCACUGAAUCAUCCGUUUUUAUCGAGUCUCCAUGAGAUCAACGAGGAGCCUACUUGCCCUUCUCCCUUUGUGUUCGAUUUUGAACAAUCAUCCUUAUGCGAAGAGGACAUAAAGGAGCUAAUAUGGAUGGAGUCACUCAAUUUCAACCCGGAAUAGUCAUCAUGCCCCUUUUUUCCGGCUUCUUGUUUGUCUUGGUUGAGUGUAGAUAGGCGGUUUGCAUUUGUCGUGUGUGUUUAUGCUUUGUAUAAGAUAUAUUCCUAUAUCUGUGUUCAGAAAAAUCUGAUGGCGGGAAAGUAAACAUCGAGCUUUCAAAGAAUCCUGCAAAGGGAAGUCGACAGGAUGAGUAGUAUAACAUUUUGGUGCCAUAGUGUUUGUAAUUGUUUUUUUUGCUGUUUGUGCUUGCCAAGUAUCAUAAUUCAUAAUGAGAAGUUGUGCUGACACUCA